AUGGGGCCUACUGCAGAAGAAAUCAUAAGAGAUGCCGAUUUAUCUAACAAAACCUGUCUCAUCACGGGCGCUAAUAGUGGUAUUGGAUUGGAAUUGACGAAGUGCCUUAAUGCCAACGGUUGUAAAGUGCUGAUGGCCUGCCGAAACACGUACGAGGCAAGUGUUGUUGCAAAAAACUGCUGUGAGAAACAUGAGAAUAUUAACCUAUAUGAGUUAAAUCUCGCGUCCUUGGCGUCGGUGAAAAAAUGUUCUGAAAAAAUAUUACAAAAUGAAAAAAAACUUGACAUAGUUAUUCUUAACGCAGCUACAUUCGGCUUGCCGUGGACCCUCACCGAAGAUGGGCUGGAAACUACGUUUCAAGUUAAUUAUUUAGCCCAGUUCUUUUUCAUAAUAACCCUAGAGAAAAUAUUGGCACCAGAGGCAAGAGUCGUUUUCACGAGCGCUGAAUCUCAUAGGAACAUAAAAUGGCCGAUCGAGACUAUGUUGUCACCGACACUGAACGACAUAUCGCUUCCGGAGAAAGAGUAUACGUCGAUCAAAGCGUACAAUGUUUCAAAGCUAUGCGGGGUGCUGGCCAUGCAUUACCUGGGUUAUCGCUGGUUGAACAGCAACAUAUCUGUCUUUUGUGCACACCCCGGCUCCUUCAUUAAAACGAGGUUGUCGCGAAAUUGGUGGGUUUUUGAAACGUUGUACACGUCCAUGAUUCCGUUUGCAAAGAAUGCGAAACAAGGCGCAAGCACGAUAAUGUACUGCGCUACGUCCCCUGAGCUUACGGGUUUAUCGACUCUGUAUUUCAAGAACUGUCGACGAUCUAGCGAAAGCGUCAUGGCUAGGGACUCGUAUUUAUCCUUCAAGAUACAGGAUUUAACCAGAGACGUCAUUCGCGACAAAGUACCAGGUUACGACUACAGUAUUGUGAAACCGGAUACACAAGGGGACAUGGAGAAAGAAACUAUGGAAGAUACCCUUGCUUCCAAUUAUUCCACUUAA